AUGAAGAUCACUGUGAAAACUCUUCAGCAGAAGGUCUUCCAGAUCGAUGCGGAAGGCACGGACACGGUGGUGGACCUGAAGAAGAAGAUCGAGCAAAGUCAAGGACAUGGUAUCGAGACGCAGAAGCUGAUUUACUCUGGUAAGAUCCUCCCAGAUUCAAAGACAGUGGAAGCAUGCGAGAUCAAGGAGAAGGACUUCUUGGUGCUUAUGGUGUCGAAGCCCAAAGCCACCCCUGCUGCCCCUGCCGCCUCGACCAGCUCUGCUGCGGCUUCAAGCCCGGCUCCCGCUGCCCCUGCUCCUGCAGCACCAUCCCCCGCGCCUGCAUCGUCGACUCCUGCCGCGCCCCAGCCACCCAACGCGCCUCUUCUAUCACCAGCGCAGCCUGCGCCCGCUGCUACAUCAGCUACGGAACGCGCCUUCUCUGACUCGAACUCGUUCUUGACCGGUGAAGUGCUCCAAUCUACCAUCAACAACAUGAUGGAGAUGGGUUUCGAGCGGGAGCAGGUAAUGCGCGCGCUGCGGGCUAGUUUUAACAACCCCGACCGAGCAGUCGAGUACCUGUUCAACGGUAUCCCGGCACAUCUUGAGGCGGCUGCGGCGGGCACACCCCAGGGCGGUGCGCCGGAGGCAGCUGGUGGUAAUGCCCCCGCCGUACCUGCUCCAGCGGCAGCUCCUGGAGCGGCUCCUGUGGCCCCCGCCCCCGCUUCGAACCAGCCUCAGAACCUAUUUCAGCUCGCCCAGCAGCAGCAGCAGCAACAACAACAGCAACAGCAACAUCACCCAGCGGCUGCUGCUGGUGUAGGUGGUGGUGCGCCUGGGCUCAGCUUGGACGCGCUGAUCAACAACCCUCAAGUCCAGCAGCUGCGCGAUCUGAUCGCUCAGAACCCUGCGCUUGCGCAACCGUUAAUCCAGCAACUCGCUGCGUCGAACCCACAACUCGCCCAGCUCUUUGCGAACAACCCUGAGGCGUUGCUGCAGCUGUUGGGUGGAGAAGGUCUCGGUGGUGACUUCGGCGACGAUGAGGGUGGCAUUCCUCCUGGUGCGAACGUGAUUCAGAUCACGGAGGAUGAGCAGGCGGCGAUCCAACGCCUGGAGGCACUCGGCUUCCCCCGUCAGGCGGUCAUCGAGGCAUACUUCGCGUGUGAUAAGAACGAGGAACUCGCGGCAAAUUAUCUCUUCGACAGCAAUUUCGAAGACUCGUAA